GGGCAGUGGGGCUGUAAGAGCCUGGGGCGGGGAGCUCAGAGGCCGUGUUGAGUCUCCAGCACUGAAGCACGGAUGAGAAACAGAGGGGCAGGAAGAGAAAGACAGAAGGAGAGGCAAGAAAACAGAAAGUGACAAUGAGAGACAGUGACAGAGACAGCAAAGCAGAGGUCGGGGCUGGGCGGGAAGUGGUGAGACAGAGACAACCCUCUAGAGGAGGGAGAUGGGCAUCCCAGGGGAGGCAAGCCAGUUAGAGACAGUGACAAAGAUAGAGGCCGUGUGGUCUGUAGACAGAAAAGAGACCUAGAAAAACAGAGAGAAAAGGGACACGGGGAGAAAAGAAAGUGCGGUAAACAGUGGCGCUAGUAAGACCAGGAGAAGGUGGGAAACGGAAUGUAGUAGAAAGAGGGAAGAAGAAUUAGACUCGGAGGGAAGUGGAGAUAAACAGUAAUGAGAGAGGAAAUGAGCUAAAGAAUGAUUUAAAAAAAAAAAGAUCAAACAGAGUGAAACCGAGACCUACAGAGGCUGGACAGACAGAGGGAUGGGUGUGGAGCUAGAAGCCGGGUCGCCUAACACCCCGUCUCCCUCAUCCCCUGACCCUGGGCCCCUGAAGGACACAGACUGAGUGUGUGUGAGGGCGUGACUUUCCCCUUGACCUUCAGCUGCCCAGCUUGGCAGGUCUGGAGGUAGGGGGGUGGGGGCGUCUGGCUUUGGAUUUCUGCUCCACAGAGUUACACAAACCUUUUAAAUCCCAUGCCCCCCUGGGACCUCAGAGACAAGUCUGCAAGAGAUGGGAGCUGGGGGGAGGGGCGAGCAGAGAUCUGAGACCAGACCAAGGGGGCAAUGGGAGCAGGUCAACAUGGAGACUGGAGAGGUGAAGGAGAAGGGCUGCUGCUGGGUCCUGCUGGGGGCAUGGACAGGGAGGGAGCAGUAGAAGAAAGGAAGGGCUGGUGCCACAGGAGGGAGAAGAGGUUCAGCUGGCAGGAUUCCCACCCACAGGCAUCAAGAAGGGGUCCUCUCUGCCCCAGGCAGGGAAUCUCUGGGUUGCGGCCAGUGGCAGAAGGACGAAGAAGAUGCCACUGGGGUCUCUGUCAGCAAGUCCCGUGUUUGGGGGAACGGUCCCGUGCUUGGGGGAGAAGGAAAGGGAGGCUUGGGGAUGUGAAGAAAGGGCACCUCUCCCUGCCCCUCCUCCAAAUUCCCUAAGGGAGAAGGUGGCUGGUUUUGCCUUUCCCAGCCCUCAGCCCUUUGCUCUCCUACCUAAGCAGCUUUAGCUAAUAGCAUUAAAGGAGGACUAACUGAGCUCUACUUGGCCCUGAGAUCAAGAGCAGAGACCAGAGGCUCCUAAUCAGAUUGAGGACUUGGUGGACAGCCGGGCGAGGGGAAGCGCAGUUUAUUCAGUGCUAACAAGCGUAAAAUAUCUGCCAGAGAAGGCCAUCUCUGUGUCUCAGAGGGGCUUCUCUGCUGCUGCAGCCCCUCUGGGCUCAUUUCCCCACUCUGCUUUCUUAGUCCCCAGGUGAGGUCCCCAGGACCUCACCUCCAUCUCCAACUCCCAACUUCUGCAUUGCUGUUUUUCUCCAUCUCUCUGGUACACUCUUCCCCCUGACUCUCUUACUACCUCUCUCUUUUGGCUGCCUUUGUAUUUAUAAACAGUCCCGUUUUCCCACUGAAUCAAUCAAGCUGUCACUGAAAAGACUUGGUUUUGUCUAAUCAAUCAGAUUAUGCCGCAAUCCACUUCAGCUGCUUAGAAGACCCAACAACGAAGUGAUCUUUGAUGCAGGUUUCUCGUUGCAUAGAUGCAGCCUUUGAUCUCCAGCUGUCCCACUUUUUUUAUCCUGUGUUUCUAUCUUUCUCAUCCUCUCCGUAUUCCUCUCUGCCCAUCUAUCUGUCUGUCUUCUGGCUUCCUGGGGCCUCCACUGAUCAUUUCUUCUGGCAAAGAGCCCAUAGUUUAGCUUUAGACUAGAGGUGCUCCUUCAUGGCCCAGCACCUCCCACAAGCCUUACCUCUCUGUGCUCUGAAGUUUCAUCCUCAAUUUCUCUGCCCUGAUUGACUGAUUACAGCACAGAGCCUGGAGUCAGACAGACCUGUUCCCAUCCAGCUCCACCACUUGGCUGGGGAUCUUAUGCAAGCAUCUUAAUCUUUUGAGCCUCAAUUUCCUCAGCUUACAAAACAGAGAUAAUACUACUCACCUCAAAGGGUUAUUGUGAGGGUUAAAUGAAGUAGCUUGUGGAAAAAAAAAAUGUCAAGCCCAAUGCCGUGUGUAUGAUAGGGGCCCACUUCGUAUUAACAAUAAUCUUUAAAAAGUAAAAUCUGCUUUGGACAUUUCCUUUGGCGCCAAGCCCUAACUCAAGGCUCAAUCUCUAUUGUUAUCAUCCUUAUCUAUAUUGCUUUUAUUAAGUAAUGACCUAAAACCUACAUCCGUUGUAAUGAGCACUUACAUUGGCCAAAGGGAUUAAUCAUAUUGUUAGUAAUCCGAAUCACGGUGAUAAUGACAAUGAUAAUUGCUUGCUUGCUGCUAUAACCCCACUUUCCUUCCAGAAACACAAAGCGCUUAAAGGAAGCCACUCUGAUCAUUGAAGAUUGGGUUGUGAUCCUUUUUGAUUUAUGGUUCUCAACACUCAUCCUGCUCUAAGGACGUGGAUCCCACCGUUGCGGCUGUAGGGGCUGUACAGAGCCUGUUAAAGCUUGGGGUAUAGGUCACAGUGUAAGAGGGAGGGGGCUGCGGGGGUAGGGAAGCAGAGUGGGAGGACUUCCUCCAGACCUGAGAGUGUCACCCCCAGAGUAUAGAUUAAAAUGAAGCCCAAGGAAUUAAGGUUAGACACCAGGAACAAUUUUUGGACAUAAAGGUAGUCCAGAAUUUCCUCUCUGAAGUUUUCACAGUCAGCUCAGAGGCUUCAUUCGGAAAGAGGAGGAUUUGAGAGGACAUUUGGCAGGACUUUUCAGCAGUGAGGAUUUCCACAUCCAGAACUGGCAAGUUCCUCGGAGACCUGAAGGUCCAGGAAAGACUCAUGAACACGGGAGAGGCUGGGAGAGGAGGCUGCCAGCAUUCAGGAAACUGGAGGACUGGAGUUCACCCACUGAGCUGUGCAACCUUAGAGCGGUUACUCAAUCCCUCUGAGCCUCCACCUCCCUUCUACACCUACCUUCUAUGAAGUUUAGUGUAUGCCGAUUCCUCAGCACAGUACAGGGCACACUGGGUGCCUGAGCCACCUGGUGGUGUAGUGGUUAAGUGCUACGGCUCCUAACCAAGAGGUCAGCAGGUCGAAUCCGCCAGGCGCUCCUUGGAAGCUCUAUGGGGCAGUUCUACUCUGUCCUGUAGGGUCGCUAUGAGUCGGAAUCAACUCGACGGCACUGGGUGGGUUUAGAGUCACCUGGAAGGUGUUGGGGCUUGGAUGUUUUCUUUCCUCUCUUUGUGUACAUUAGGUGAGUCUGUCUCACUGGGGCUCGCUCUGCAAAUCUCCCACCCUCUUAAUGGAAGCCAUUAAGAUUCUAUCUUCCUUGCCCAUAGUUUAGUAAUUCAACAAAUACUUACCAAGCACCUGUGAGUCCAAGGCCCAGCAGUUCCUGAUUUCAUGGAGCUGAUAUUCUAAGGGGGAAAACAGAUAUUAAACAACAAUACCAAUGAUAAGUUCAUUACCAUUUAUUUAUUCUCUCAUCAACCAUUUAUUGAAUGCCUACUAUGUGCCAGGCAGAGUCCUUGCAUGGUGCAGUUAACCAAAAGUUUGGAGGUUCAAGUCCACCCAGAGGUACCUCAGAAGAAAGCCCUAAUGAUUACUUCCAAAAAAUCAGCCAUCGAAAACCCAGCGGAGCACAGUCCUACUCUGACACACAUGCAGUCACAAUGAGUUGGAGUCAACUCAGUGGCAACUGGUUUGGUUUUUUGCUUUUGUUUUUUUAUGUUCUAGGCACUCUUCUAGGCCCUUGGGGACCCACUGGUGAAAAAAUGCACAAAAAUCCCUGCUCUUUUCAAGUGCAAAAAUGUUCUAAGUACUGUAACGGGGCAGGCCUAGACACAGCCCUCUCUGCCCCAGAGUGGACCAUGCACUGCAGCUGCUUGGCCAAGGGUGUCCCUGCUGUCCCCGGCAACUACUGGAUCUCAGGCUUGGCCUUCCCUGACUGGGCCUACAAAGCUGAGUCGUCCCCAGGCUCCCGGCAGAUCCAGCUGUGGCACUUCAUCCUUGAGCUGCUGCAGAAGGAGGAGUUCCGCCAUGUCAUUGCCUGGCAGCAGGGAGAGUAUGGGGAGUUCGUCAUCAAGGACCCAGACGAGGUGGCCCGCCUCUGGGGCCGCAGGAAGUGCAAACCUCAGAUGAAUUAUGACAAGCUGAGCCGGGCCCUCAGAUAUUACUACAAUAAAAGGAUCCUGCACAAGACCAAAGGCAAGAGGUUCACUUACAAGUUCAACUUCAGCAAACUUAUCAUAGUCAACUACCCUCUGUGGGAGGUGCGGGCACCGCCAUCACCCCACUUACUGCUGGGGACCCCUGCCCUGUGCCGGCCAGCCCUGGUGCCCAUGGGCAUGCAGAGUGAGCUUCUGCACAGCAUGCUGUUCACUCACCAGAUCAUGGUGGAGCAGCUGUCCGGGCAGCGGACCCCACGAGGGCCACCAGGGGAUAAGAAGGGAAGCAGCAGCAGUGACCAUCGACUUGGAUCUGCCCCAGCCCCCUGCCGGCUGAGCCCCUGCUGCCAUUUUGGGAGCCUCCAAGAUGAGCUGCCCAGUUUUGCCUCCUUCACCCCUCCCCUACCACCCCUUCUCCCCCCCGACUGGACCCGUCCUUCAGGACCUUUCUUGCCCUCUCCCCCCACAGAGGAGCAGCUCCUGGGGUCCUCCAAGCCAGACCCCCUGCUCCCAAGCCCCAGCUGCCUCCCAGGGGCCCGGUAUUUUCCAGGGCUCCCCCUGGUGGUGGGGCUGGGACAGGGGCCUGGCAAGAGUCUUCAGCUCCUGUCCCUGAGGCCUGAGGGGCUGGGGGAAAAGGCUGAUCCCAUGAUGGGGGCAAAGAGGGGCCUUGAUCCCAGAGAGGGCUUCUCCCCAGAGGCCCACGGACUCAAAACUGGGGGGGAAACUCCUGCAUCCCCCAAUUUGGAGACUUUCAAAGCAGGGUGGCCCUUGGAUCCUCCUUAAUUGGGAAGGGGGGUGUGAAGCAGGGGUCCAGCUCCAUCUCUCUUCUUGCCCACCUCCCUCUGGCCUUGCACUUUCCAGCUCCACUACUGGCGGAACGUGAGCUUCCAUUGCAGGAGUUGGACCCAAGGUGGGGGCCAAGUAGGGAAGGAGUGUAUGUGAGGAUAGGAAAACUGAAGCAGGGUGUCCCUGCCCACUACUUUGCUAAUCAGAUGAAGAUGUUCUUUUUUUUUUUUUAAUAUUUUAGGUAUAAGGUCGCUAUGAGUCUGCACUGACUUAAUGGUAGCGGGUUUGGUUUUUUUGGUUUUUAUUGUAUUUUAGGCAAGAGUUAACACAGCAAAUUAGAUUUCCAUUCAACAAUUCACACACAGAUUGUUCCAUGACAUUGGUUAGGGUCCCCACAAUGUGUCAGCACUCUCACCAUAUCCACCCCGCUGGUCCUAUUUCCAUCUACCCAGUUUCCCUGCCCCGCCCCCCCACCUCCCACCCCAUUGCCUUCUCAUCUUUUCUUUUGGGUAAAUGUUGACCAUUUGGUCUCAUAUUGCUGAUUGUUCAAAGGCGUACAUUCCUCAUGGGUGUUAUUGUUUAUUUUACAGCCCAAUCUAUUAUUUGGCUAAAAGGUGACCUCUGGGAGUGGCUUCAGUUCCAGGUCAAAAAGGAUAUCUUAGGGCAAUAGUCUCGGAAGUUCCUCUAGUCUCUCUCAGUCCAGCAAGUCCAGUCUUUUUUAUGAAUUUGAGUUUUGUUCUACAUUUUUCUCCCAUUCUAACCAGGAUCUUCUAUUGUGUUUCUGGCCUGAACGGUCAGUAGCCAUAGCUGGGCACCAUCUAGUUCUUCUGGUCUCUGGCUAGAAGAGGCUGUGGUUCACAAAGAUGUUCUUAAUUUCAUUCUUUUGGAGGGGGGAGGUGGAGGAGAGUAAAGUUUGCAUCAUUUGAAGCAUCCCAUACCUGCUCACCCCAAACCUGUCAGGGGGGAAAUUAAGGGUCUAAGCUAGGGAGGGGACAGGACUUGAUUUGCUCCUGAGUCUCAGGACAACUCCAGGCACUUCCCUCUCUCUGGGUCUAUCUCCCUCAUAUUGGCUAGGGUCUCUGAUCUCCCUCUCUCCCCUUCAUGUGCUUCUCUGUCAUCCUUCUGAUUCCUGUGAUCCUGGGAGCUCCUGUCCCAUGCAGGCACUUCUUUCUACCUCCAUUUGCCCAAGCCCCAGGCAGCUAGGGACGGAGGGACUGGCCUCCUCUCUCUGUAGUACUCCACUGCAGACCUUGAAUAAAAUGCCCUUGGCAAACUACCCUCUCAGCUGACUGCUUGCCUCCUGUGGUCCCAGCCCCUGCUGGCUCCUCCUGCCCUCUGAUGUGGGCUGGAGCUAGAUAUCACCCAGGAUUCUCACAGAAAAGGGGCCAGGGGACUCGGGGAAGGCCUGAGGGCUGGAGCAGGGUCGGAAAUCCAGGCAGCUAGUCUCUUGCCUUCUCCUACCAUCAGCUCCCAGACAGGAAGACUGAAGGAGGGGGUGACACAGGAGCAAUCAGGGUGAGAUUAGAAACCAGCCUCCAGGGAAGAACUUCAGAGCACAGCAGGAGUCUUUACAGAAUGACACUCAGAUCUCUGUGGAAGAUAACUGAGCAGAAUUUGAAGGGAUGAGGGGUGAGGAAGAAGGGAGUUAGCAGGAGUCCUCUUCCUCUGCUCCUAGGUCUAAAAUGACAAGGUGAGCAGACCUGAAGCACUGGGUAGCUAGGGGAGUGCUCAGCCAAGGAAACGCCAGCAGAGAGGGAUGCUCCAGGAGCCAAGGAGAUUGAGCUAUAUCAUAAGCUGGAACCGACGUGAGUGCAACUAACAACGACAAAUCCCUAGGCCGCAAAUCCCGCGUUUAGGAUUUGUCCUCACCUUCUUCCUAUGUUCUGCAUCAAGAGCUAAGGAAAGAAAAGAAGAAUGAGGGACGCACAGAGGGUCCUUUGCCUAUUGCUUGCCCUUGUCCCUCUCCAAGGAAUAGAUGUGUGCAUCCAUCUCUGUGAAGAUCCCCAAGCAUUUUGCUUUCUGCCGCCUCUUAGCUCUUCUUCAUGGCAAAUGCACUGCUCUCACCACUGGGAUGGGGAAGGAGAGACCCAGAGGAGCUAGCUAGGUUAGGCCCUCAACCCACAGACACGUUGAGAUUGGCAAGGAAAGGACCCCAGCCCCUAUGUUUCCAAGCUGAUAUAGGCCAGGAGAAAGGAUCUAUGAGUGCUCUUUAUUCAGUCUCCCUCCCUCUCUCUACCUCCCCAGAUGCCAAGAAGAGGCGACCCCAGAGUUUCUCUCCCAGGAGAUCCCAAGGGCUACAGUGAGAGUCAAUUUUCACUUGCUCCUUACACCACAGGCCCAGCCCCCAGGGCUUUGCCCUCUCCCUGCCCAGUUUGGGGAGACAAAGAGCUAGUGUUGUCUGUUCCAGAACAAGGAACUGGAUUGCAUCGUCAUGGGCUGGGGCCCUGUGCAGAGAAGCCAGCCCCAGGGACAGGGGUUCUUUCUGUAAUGGACACCCUCAUGUGCCCUCUGCCUGGACCACCCCAUCUUCAGUGGUUUUUGGUGUUUGGGACCCCAUAUUUCAGGUAGUGAAAAUCACUUUGAGGUCAUUAUUCUGAAAUCUUCCUUUGGAGUAUGUUUGCCAGGAGACUGAAAGCUCAACCCCAGAGGGUUUAAACUUUCUGGUGAUGUGCUAUAGAGUCUAGGCAAUGGAUUUAAGCAGAGCAGUUUUUCAACCUCGGCACUAUUAACAUUUUAGGCUGGAUAAUUUUGUGUUGUGGGGAGCUUUCCUGUGCAUACCAAGAUGUUUAGCAGCAUCCCUGGCCUCUACCCACUAGAUACCAGUAGCACCCUCUUCCACUCAGUUUUGACAGCCAAAAACGUAUCUAGACAUUGCCAAACGUCCUCUGUGGGGCAAAAAUCAACCCUGGUUGGGAAGCACUUAAGUAGAGAAUAGAUAAGUGCAGCCUGGCUUCAGCAAGUCCAGAUGUUCUGGCAAAGAUGGGACCCAAGCUCCCCCAACACCAGAGAACUGCUUGGUUUCCAUAUUGCGACAGUGCCCUCUGGUGGCUAGAGUCAAUACCAGCGAUCAGAAGAGCUCUGAGGUCUGAGCCAGGCUGGGUGGGUGGAGCCUACAGAUGGCUCUAUUUGAGGCAAGGAGUGACAGGGACCUUGAAGUCCUCUGAGAGGAGGAAGGGAGUCGCAGGAUGGAAACAUUUUUUAUGAGCACUUUCCCAUUGCAAUUCCCCUUGACGAAUCAUGGGCUAUUCACCAAAGAACCAACAAGUCUAAUGUGACAACAGACUUGGCAAGUUGUAAGUUUCUUUGGUAGAGCAGGGUGCGGCCAUCAACCCUAGAAAUCACACCCGCUGACCGUCUAUGAUGGAAUCCCUGGGUAGUGCGCUCAUCGAAGGGUUGGCAGUUGAAACUCACCCAGAAGUGCCUCAGAAAAGAGGCUUGGCAAUCUGCUCCUGAAAGGUCAAAAACCGAAAAACAAACCCAGUGCCAUCGAGUUGAUUCCGAUUCAUAGAGACCCUAAAGGACAGAGUAGAACUGCCCCAUAGAGUUUCCAAGGAGCGCCUGGCGGGUUCGAACUGCCGACCCUUUGGUUAGGGUCACAGCCAUGAAAACCCUAUGGAGCAGUUCUACUCUAUACACAUGGGGUAGCCAUGAGACAGAAUCAACUGGACGGCAACCGGUUUGGCUUUGGUUUUUGUUUUGUUUUGUUUUGUUUACCAUCUAUGACCAUCAGUCUCAUCUGGGAAUAACAAGGAGUGGAUACCCAGCCUUCUUCUAGGAGCAGUGGAAGACGCAGAGAAGUCAUCUCACCAACCAGCCCCACUCAUUGGUCCUCAGCUCUAUCAUACCAAAGACAAAGACAGAGAAAGCACCGGCGAACUUCAAGCAGAAUUUCAGGGAGUCAGACUCCCAGGCUUUAUGAAUCUUAGACUGUUGGGAGUCAGAAGGGACCUUCGAGAUUAUCAACUUCAAUCCCUAAUUUUACAGACCCAGAGAGAGGAACAGACUUGCUCAAGACCAUACAAAUAGAAGAGCCAAAGUUAGAGUAUAAAGGUCCUAAUUAUCAGUUAAGUUCUUUCCACCUCGCCAUAAUAAUUACUCCGCUUGAGAGUUUUAGAGGCCCUAAAAAUUCCUUAGAAAUAAGAGUAUGUUGAGAGGGAAAUUUAAAAAGUUGUUCCAGUGUGAUUUUUAAUGACCGUAAUGGUAAGCAUUUUUCUUUUUGUGGGCGUUUUGGGCACCUGAUUCUUUAUUGUCUGGUGGCGUCCUCUAAUUGUCGCAUGUGCAUCGCUAUCGUGUCCCCAUAAAGGUGGUGUUCUCAGUGGCAGGCAGCACACCCUUUGCUUAGCAUAAGGGAGAUGACUUGGGGAUUUAAAAACAAAAGCAAAAUGUUCCCUGCCCUGAAUCGUUGGUGGGGGUGAGAAGAAUUCCUAGCCUCUCCCUUUUAUCCCCCGAAUGAGGACCCUGAUCCAGAGGGGAGAAAAACAUUUCAGAAUCAUACAUGCUUUUAAAAAAGAAGGAAAAAUUAGGGAACCGAUAAAGGCGAUAGUGGAACAAUGAACAUAAUUGCUGAACUGUACAUGUAAAGAUUGUUGAAAUGGCAAAGGUUUUGUUACCUAAUUAUUUGCCACAGUAAAAAAAAAUACAUGUAUAUAUAUAUAAUAUUAUGGAGUCCCUGAGGGGCGCAAGCGGUUAAACCCUCGACUACUAGCCAAAAGGUUGCCAGUUCAAACCCACCCAGAGGCACCUUGGAAGACAGGCCUGGGGAUCUGCUUCCAAAAGGUCAUAGCCUUGAAACCCUGUGGAGCACUGUUCUACCCUGCACACAUGCAGUCGCCAUGAGUGGAAAGCA